AACACUUUCUUAAUGACUGUAGUUAUGCAACGCUUUAAUUUCCUCUGGAGAUUUACGUUAACAAAACCUAAUUAAAAAGGAGGGGUAUAUGCAACACUGAAAUUACGUCAGACUUUUCUCCUAUAAAUAUUUUUACAAACUUUGAGACAAAGACAGGAAGAAAUUAACUAUUUUAACAUGUUUCGGAACUUAGUUGAGGAGUGUGAACAGGAUUACCAUGAUUAUUGUGUGGGAGAUCUUAAACCUGAUGACAUUGUCAUCAGUGGCAUGGCAGGCCGUUUUCCAAGUUGUGAUAACAUAAAAGAACUCAAAGAGGGUAUCUAUGCAAAAAAGAAACUUGUAUUUUAUGAUAACAAAAGAUUUCCAAAAGGUGUAUAUGAUAAUCCCGUUGGAUCAUCUGGAUGUAUAAGGAACUUGGAUAAAUUUGAAGUGGACUUCUUUAGUAUGCCACACACAUUAAUAAAUUCUAUGGACCCAGGGUGCAGAAAACUGCUUGAAGUGACUUAUGAGGCAUUUGCCGAUGCAGGUUAUGAUCUUCCGGGUGUAUAUGGUGCAAAUAUAGGUGUUUACAAUGCAAACAGUUCGACCGAUUUCUUUAUUUUGGGUUAUUGCCAGUCAGAUUUACAGCAUGAGGGAUACUCUUGGACAAAAUUUGUAAAUGCCAAUCGCAUAACAUAUUUCUUUAAUUUGCACGGUCCAAGCAUGGUGAUAGAUACAUCCUGUUCUUCUUCAUUAGCAGCAUUCUAUGCAGCUUACACCGAUUUAAAAGAUGGUAAAAUAGAUGGAGCAAUUGUUAACAGCUGUCAAAUUAAUUUGCUUCCGCAAAAUCUUCAUCUUAUGAUAAAGGCUGGCAUAAUUUCCACUUCAGGUAUUUGCGCUCCAUUUGAUGAGGAUGCUGAUGGCACGAUAAGAAGUGAUGGUGUAGCUGCUAUUUUUUUGCAAAGGGCUUCUAUGGCCAGACGGGCUUACGCAACUGUUCUCGGCACUGAAUAUUUCACAUCCGGAUUCGUUAGUGAAGGUGUUCUUUUAGGGUUGACCGUUCCUUCUCUGACGAUGCAGGAAAAUAUGAACAAACUUGUUUUGAAAAAAAGUGGAUUACAUUCUGAUCAAGUUGACUACAUUGAAGCCAACGGUACUGGUUCAGUGGUUGGAGAUGAAAAAGAACUGAAAUCCAUAGAAACAGUUUAUUGUACAAGUACUAGAAAGAAGCCUAUCCAUAUAGGAUCAGUGAAGGGUAAUAUUGGGCACACUGAAUCAACCGCUGGUCUUGCUGGAAUUAUAAAAGUGUUAUUGGCAUUCGAGACAGGAAACAUAGCUCCAAAUUAUUAUUUUAAGAAGCCCAAUCCUAAUUCAAAAGGACUAAUGAAUGGCUCCGUGAAAGUAGUUUCAGAAGCAACACCACUUUCAAGUCCUUAUGUUCCGAUAAGUUGUUAUGGAUUGGGAGGAACAAUAAUAUCAACUGUCUUGAAACAAAAUAACAAAACAUACCCAAGAAAAUACUCUACAAGAGCAACAAUUCCAAGACUUGCACUCGUCUCCGGAACUUGCGAGAAUGCUGUAAAAUUCCUUAUAGAUUACGUUAAAGACAAUCCAAACUUGCCAGACGAGUUCUUUGCUCUUUUGCACAAAUUAUCUUUUUGCCAGCCACAACUCAAGCCUUACAGAGGUUAUAUUUUGUGUCAAAAGGAUCCAAGUGAAAUAGAAAACAUUAAGAAUUGCACUGAAGUAGAAAGGCCAGUAUGGUUUAUAUACACCGGCAUGGGAUGCCAAUGGAAAGGAAUGGCGUUGCAGCUAAUGGAAAUUGAUAUUUUUGCAUCAACCAUGAGGAAAUGUGCAGGAGUGUUAAUGCAGCAUGGAAUAGACCUAUUCAAAAUAGUGAGCUCAGAUAGUGACUUACUGGAGCAAGACAGACAUAUUAUGCCGGCAUUUGUAUCCAUUACUGCAAUACAGAUUGCCAUAACUGAUCUUUUGCACCACAUCGGCAUACAUCCUGAUGGCUUAGUCGGUCACAGCGCAGGUGAGAUAGCAGCGUCAUAUGGAGAUGGUUGCAGUACUUUAGAAGAAACGAUGUUGUUGGCUUUAGCCAGAGGUUUAAGUGUAGAAGAAACUCAAGACCUAGUUAGAGGACUAAUGGCAGCAACAGGUCUAUCUUGGAAGCUAGCACAGGAACUGUGCCCAGAAAACGUUUACGCCUCUUGUCAUAAUGCUGAUGACUCAGUUACGAUUUCUGGAUUGAAAGAUGAUGUAGAAAAUUUUGUAUCGAAACUGAAAAAGCAAGAUAUAUUUGCAACCCUUGUAAAUACUUAUGGUUACUCCUUUCAUUCGAAAUACAUUAGACCGGCAGCUGAAAAAUUAAAGACCAAAAAAGUCAUAAAAGUUCCUAAAAGGAGAACCAAGCGUUGGCUUAGUUCUUCUGUUCCUGAGGCUGAUUGGGAACAACCUAGAUGCCAGAUAGUUGGGGACGAUUACUUUGUUAAUAAUCUAGUUUCUCCCGUCUUGUUCAACGAGGUGGUAAAGAAAAUCCCUUCAAAUGCAAUUACGAUCGAAAUAUCAUCGCAUACUCUGCUUCAAUCGGUUUUAAAGCGUGGCAUUGGCUCUAAAAGAACAAAUAUAGGUCUGGUGAAUAAGAAAGCUGAGAAUGGAGUGAAUUUUCUUUUGGAAUCAAUAGGAACAUUAUAUCAGCAAGGAUUAAAUCCGAAAGUGGAAAAACUCUAUCCUCCUAUGCAGUUUCCUGUUCCUAGAAACACGCCGUGUAUAUCUGAUUUAAUCAAGUGGAAUCAUUCUCUUUCGUUCAAAGUUCGUAAAUGGGAGCCACAGACGGGUGAAAGCACUCAGAAAUACAAUCUAAAUAGAGAAGCCAGUUACCUUUUAGAUUAUUCUAUUGAUGGAAAAACACUCUUCCCAGCCUCGGGAUACAUUGUAUUUGCUUGGGAAAUGUUAGCUAAAAACCAAAAUAAAAAAUGUGAAAAUUUGCCAAUUAUCAUUGAAAACUUCAAGAUCAACCGAGCUAUAGUCUUAAAUAUGGAUGUUCUGGAAUUAAGAUUUCAUCUCCUCAAGGACAGCAGAAAUUUUGAGAUUUUUGAAGGAAGUUCUUUAGUAGCAAGUGGACGAAUAAAUGAAUGGGAGAAUCGUACAUACAGCGAGCCAGAGCCAGUAUAUGACGGUGACAAAGAGUCAACUGUUGAUGGAAAAGAUGUGUACAACGACUUGAGAAUAAGAGGAUAUGAAUGUGGACCUGAAUUUCAAGGUCUAGAGAAAAUGAGUCUUGACGGUACAGAUAUUUUAAAAAAUACAUGCACUCAGUACACGGUGCGAUGGAAAGAACGAUGGAUUCCUUUUCUGGAAAACUGUCUACAGACUUACGUAAUGGCAAUUUAUGAUGAGUUUGUCUUACCAACUGAAAUAUUAUCAAUAAAAAUAGAUCCUAAAGCUAUUAAGAAAAGACUAACUUCUGAUGAAAAUAACAAAGAGAUACCUAUGAAAAUAAAUAAAAACACGAACAUUUGCCGCUCAAUUGGUAUUGAAAUUGAACACGUAUCUGCUGAUCGUACAACUCGUCGAAUAAAAGAAGUUAUGCCAGUGCGGGAAACUCAUACUUUUGUUCCUUACAUGUUCCAACACACAUUCGAAAAAGAAUGCAACGAAUCAUUACAACGAUAUAUGAAAAAUUGUAACAACCUUCUAUUGGUAAUAGGAGAGAAGUUGAAAAUGAAAACAGACAAGUUAAAGUUCAAGUUAAAACAACAAGAAAGUAUCGUCAAAUGCGACGUCGAAGUAUUGCACGGAAACCCAAGUCUAUUUACGUGUCUAAAACAUAUAUCGCAAAAUGGGUUAUCACAAAAAAAUAUGCAAAAUGAACUAGGUUUUUCUUUUGAAGAAUUCGGAAAGGAUCCUGUGAAUUUUGCUAUAACAACAGGAUAUGCUUUAAAGAUUAUGUUGGACAUAAUUGCAGAAAAUACAUUUCAGAAACUGAAUGUAACUGAAAUCGGUUCACAAUGCUCUCCAAUUCUACAACAUAUUGGAGCUUUUUCAAAGAAGCAUCCUCAUUUACGAUUUAAAAGCUACACACUUUUAUUAGAAGAUGAGAACUCAAUAGAUAACGAUAUCUUGUCACAGGCUGAUAUUACUUUACUUCCCUCAUCAUCAAUAUCUAAAUUAGGUUUUGAGAAGAAAGAUGUUGUGGUGUCUUCGUUUUACAGUGGCUCUUCCACCGCAUUGAAAAAGCUUAUUGGAACAGCAUGUUCUAUACUUGCAAGAGGUGGCUUUGUAUUACUUCAUCACAAAGAACAACUAACAUCAUUAGAAGAAUUCUUAUCGAAGCAGAGUGGACGAAACAUUCACAUUCAAUCGCGUUCCAAACUCGAACAGAUUUUAAAACACUACAAAUUAAUGAUCGUUAGCUGUGCACGUAAUGCUUAUGGAUCAGCACUGUACCUACUCCGCUUUGCUAUGUCGACCGACAAGAAUUCGGUUUUAAAAAUAACCGCAAACCAUUCUUUUUCCCGGGUCGAUGAGAUUAAAAAAAGUUUAAGACAGAGUGACAACGAAUACAUUUGGCUUAUAUCAGAGGAUGAUGCCAGCAGCGGAAUGCUCGGAAUGGUUAAGUGCUUGAAACAAGAACCAGGAGGUGAAAAAAUAAGGUGUGUGUUUGUUUCAUCCAAGAAAAAUAAAACAUGGCCUCCGUCUUUUGACCUUAAUAAUUCUUUCUACAAAGAUAUAUUAGCCAAAAACUUGGUGAUGAACGUUUGGAGAGAUGAAUCAUGGGGCUCAAUUAGACAUUUAGAGAUUCUUGAACGGAUGGAGCUAAAAAAUGUUGAGCACAGUUUCGUAAGAUGCAGAAACCCUGGUGACCUCUCCUCAUUCGCGUGGAUAGAAUCACAAGUAAAAUACGAAGAUUUAAGGGAUAAUAUUCUAGCUCAUAUUUAUUAUUCUGCAAUAAACUUCAAAGACGUUAUGGCUGCAACAGGAAAACUUUCAAUAAGAGCAUCCAAAACAGAUUCAUAUCUUGGGUUUGAAUUUUCGGGUCGAGAUGAGAGCGGACGUCGAAUAGCCGGAAUUACAAAAGGUUGUGGAAUUGCAACAGCCACUAUCGUAAAUCCCGCAUUUGUCAUAGAUGUACCUGAUGAAUGGAGUCUAGAACAAGCUGCAACUGUACCUGUUGCUUAUGCAACGGCCUUUUAUGCACUUAUAAUUCGUGGAGGUCUCUGUAAAGGACAAAGCAUUCUCAUACAUUCUGCAACUGGAGGAGUUGGAUUGGCUGCAAUCAGAAUAGCAAUCCAUUACGAAUGCGAAAUAUUUGUGUCCGUCGGUACUGAACUGAAUCGGAAAUAUUUACGCAAACUCUUCCCCCAACUGAAAGAGGAAAAUAUUUUAAACUCCAGAGAAAACGAUUUUGAAAUGAUGAUAAAGAACAGAACAAAGGGAAAAGGAGUGGAACUUGUUCUGAAUUCUGUAGCUGACGGUACAUUUCAGGCAAGUCUUCGCUGCCUGGCUAAACAUGGGCAUUUUCUGGAUAUCGGGCAAUAUGAUUUGUCUCAAAAUAGAAACUUAGGUUUGAAGAUAUUCUUAAACAACAUUAGUUUUGACUCAGUAAUGUUUGAUCAAUUGAUCGAAGACGCUGCACAGCUUUCUAAAACCAUGGAUCUCGUGAAAGAAGGCAUUAGAAGUGGUUUAGUCAAACCACUUGAUAAAACUGUGUUUAAAACCGAUGAAAUCGAAACUGCUUUUAGAUAUAUGUCCCGAGGUGUACAGAUUGGGAAAGUUCUCAUAAAGAUAAGAGACGAAGAGUUGCCGAGAGAUACGCCUCCAAAAUGUUUAAUGAUGAAAGCUAUUCCACACACCUAUUUCUAUGCCAAGAAGUCCUACAUCAUAAUAGGGGGUCUCGGAAGCUUCGGAAUAGAAGUUACUAAAUGGAUAUUAAUGAAAGGAGGAAAGAACAUCAUCAUAACUUCUAGAAAAGGAGUCACAACUCCCCGUCAAAGACUUUGGCUUAAGAAAUGGAACAGUAAAGGAAAUAUAGUUAAAGUGUUGACACUUGACGUUUCAAAACCGAAUGAAGCAGAACAGCUCCUAAAAGAAGCUUCUGAACUAGGCUCAGUAGGUGGGAUAUUCAAUUCCGCAGUAGUGUUGAGGUAUUCCUUUAUGAAGUCUCAGAGCCCCGAGACUUUCAGAGAUGUGUGUGCUCCUAAGGCAGCAGCAACAAAAAUAUUGGAUGGACUGACCAGAAAAAUGUGUCCUAAUUUGGAUUUCUUCGUUUGUUUUUCCUCAGUCUGUAGUGGUAAAGGUAAUGUCGGUCAAGCAAGCUAUGAUUAUGCUAAUUCAGUAAUGGAAAGGAUAUGUGAAGAAAGGAGAAGAUCUGGACUUCAUGGGAUUGCCAUUCAGUGGGGUGUCAUCGGUGAUAAGAUCAUACGCCGACAAAUGCAUAACGACUCAACUUUUGCUGGUGUAAAAGCACAGAGCGUUCAAUCAUGUCUGGAAACAUUGGACUUGUUCUGCCAAGUUGAACAUCCCGUAAUGAGUAUCUAUGUAUCUGCAUUAGGUUCUAAAUGAACAAAAAGUCAAAAUGCUGACGUUUUAAAUCAGAAUGAAAAACUUCUAGCUUUGUAGUGGAGAAAUAACAAUACGGAAGUUGCUGUCACCGAAGGACUUAUGUAAAAAAUGAGCAUGUUGAUAAACUUCUAACAGUUCUUAAUAUAUAGUUAAUAUAAUUGUUUACAAAAUGUAAAAAUAAUUAAUCAAAUUUUUUGAAAACUCAA